AUGGAGCACAAGGUGAUCUGUGUCCUCGCUGUGGUCCUCAUGCUGGCUUUCAGCAGCCUUGCCCAGGCCCAGGAAGAAACAUGUACCAUGGCCCCCCGGGAGAGGAAAAAUUGUGGCUUCCCCGGUGUCACCGCCCAGCAGUGCACGGAGAAAGGCUGCUGUUUUGAUGACAGUGUCCGGGGGUUCCCGUGGUGCUUCUACCCUCAGGCUGUCGAGAACAUUCAAGAAGAAGAAUGUCCCUUCUAA